GGAGGCAUGAAGAUUCGAGCGAUGAGUCACGCGAUUACACCUGACGACGACCCGAUGGUUCGACUCGUUCGCGGGAGAGCGAAAUUCGGGGACACGGUUGCUCAAUCGAACUCGCCUUCUCGCCGCUGAUUUAUUUACCUUUCGGUCGACAGGUGCGCGCAGUAGCCGACAGGUGUGUGUCAUCGCGGCAAAAAGACACCCACGCACACCUACGAUCGCGCAGUAGUGGGAGAGAGAUAAUACUGCCGCCGUGGACGCUCCAUUCCCUCUCUCUCUCUCUGUCUCUCUCGCUCUCACUCUCUCUCUCGCUUUUAGUAACCGCUGAACGCCUCGCCCAGUUGCACCUCCGUCGCGUUCGUCCGCGUCCGUGGUGCUGCUCGGUAAGUUCCCAAUUAUGCAAGAAUUUCGCUGAGAAGAUGUCGAAAGCGUCGCGUAUCAAGGCGCUGGACGACAUCUCUACUUGGCAGAACCCAAGAGUCGUUGCACUGCUGAGAAACAGCGGCCUGGACGAGGCGUGCUGGAAGGCCGUGGAGAAGCGCAGGAUCGACGGGGACGAGCUGCUGCACUUGACGGAGGGCAAGCUGACGCUGUGGAAGAGCGAUCUCAGCAAGCCGCUGAUACGCACGCUCUGGACAUUCGUCGAGGAGCUGAAGAAAUGCCCCGAGAGCUACGUCGAGGACGAGCAGCAGCCAGCGGAGCCUGAGCCAGCGGAGCCCGAGCCGGCGGCGGUGGGCCAGGCGACACUGGUGAUCGAGCAGCCGUCCACGGCGACGCAACAGCAGCAGCAGCAGACGGAAACGGAAAGCGACACCGGCUGGGACACGGAUUUCGAGGACAACGUCGACGGCCAGUCGAACUGCGACUUGCGCAGCAACCUCGGGAUGCUCCGGGAGAGCGACCGAUCGCAGCCGGUCGACGGCGGCGCGCGCGCCUACGCCAACUGCGAGACGACCUACGCGAACGUGGGCUACGCGCAAGACACGCCCGCCGAGCUGUCGCGGCAGGGCAAGAGCCUGGCGGAGAAAUUGAAGGAGCAGCUGUUACUGAGGGGCGCGUCGUUGGAGGCGCCCUUGAGCGCCGGCGCCAAGCCCACUGUCGCGCCCAAGCCCGAGGGCUUGGCGAAGCGGAGCCGCGAAGACGUGGUGCUGAGGAGGACCGAGCCCAGGACGUCGUUCUUGCACAAGAAAGCCCACGGGGCGAAUGCUGUGCCAAAGAAAAUGACAGUUGCACCACCAGCCCAGCCAACUCCCAAAAGAUCCAGCAAUAACAAUAAUAACGAUGAAUCUCUAAGAAAUUUGCCAAAGCCACCAGUAUCGAUACGUAGUUUCGAUCUGGUGGCUAACUUGCCAACGACCAGGCCACCGGACGACAGCGACGACGACGACGACGAAGAGGAAGAUUACGAAGCAUUCGACGAGCAAAUCGUUGAACAGCAUCAACGGGACUCGUUGAUGAGUCGAACUGAUAGCGGACAGUCGUUGUCCAGUCCUGACAGAAAUUCCAUUGGGAGCGCUUAUCAUCCGACGAGCUCGAUUAGCCACGACGAGGACGAUCAUGUUUAUGAUAUUUAUGAGAGUAUUACUGAGACGCCUGAAGAAAAAGGACGUGAUUACAAAAGUCAAUCGAAUUUGAAAAACCUUGUUAACCCACCGCCACUGCCACUCAAACCACCUCCGAACAAUACAAUGUUGCAUAAUCAAUUGAACAAGGCAUAUUCAAAAUCAGAGCGAUCGUUGGACAAGAAAUCCGCCACGUUACCGCACUCAGGCAGCAACCUGUCGCUGAACAACGCUGCGAGGCCCUUGCCGCCGCCACCCGAGCAUCGCGACACUUAUUACGAGCGACCCUGGUUUCAUAAUUUGACGAGAGAGCAGGCUAAUCUCCUCAUCGAAGAUCAGUGUACUUACCAUAACGCGCCUGACGGCUAUUUCCUGAUGAGACCCUCCACGUCCAAUCCCAACAAUCCAUUGACGCUUGUACUUUGGUGCAAGGACAGAGUUUAUAAUGUUCCUGUUAGGAGGAGACCUGACAACAGGUACUCCUUGGGCAAAGCAAAACUAGACGAGCAGUCGUUCGAGAGUGUCGACGAUAUUGUGCCUUACUACAAAAAAGAAAAGUUAGUGCUUUAUACGGGUGGCGUGCAGACUGGUAGCACUAAACUGUCCGACACUCCGCCGAAAGAGAAGCUCAAUAUCAGUUUUUGAACUGAUAUUUUUGUAUUUCAUCUAUAUACUUAACGGCUGUAAUUUCUUUUGUCUUUUCUAAAGAGCUUAUUUUUUUUAAUGGUAAUAUACAUUGAUGACUGAUCCUUAAAUCUCAAUUUAGAAUAAUCAUGACAUUUGCAGCCAUAGAAAUGAAAAAUGUAUGGAUGAUCGUGUAUAUAGGGUGAUUUUUAUCAACAAUACGUGCCUUACUUUGCGUGCCUAUUACUACUUAAUGAAAAAUAUAGUUUAUAUUGUUUAGUUUGUUAAAAGAAGUAAGCCGAUGAUUCCGAUAUCGCAGCAAUUAAUGUGAUUUUGCGAAAUACAAAUGUUUAUUUCACGCGACAGCGGAAUAUAAGAAUUUUAAAAUCAAUUCUACAGUUCUUCCAAAACUUAUAUCACUUAUUAUGGUCAGUUUAGUUUUUUUCUUCUGUUUUUUUAGUUGCGUGUCAUACUUGUCUCUGUUGUUUAUAUAAUGCAUAAUCUAUAAUAUAUACUAUCACGUGUUUUUAGUAUGUUUUUACAUUUAUAUUUAUU